UGGUUUAAAAAAAGUCAAAACUUUUUUCUCGCAAGAUACUAGAUAUCGAUGAUAUCAAUGAGUUCUUUUAAUUUCUGAAAGAAAAGUUUGAAUUUUUUCGAGUAAAAUGUUCUUUAAAGUUCUCAUUUUUGCUUACCAGACAUUCUUUGUGGGACGAGUAGAGUAGUUUCAAAUCCCUUCAUUGAAAUUCACAUCUAUCCAAAUGGAGCCUGUGUUGAAAUUCAUUGAGGGUUUGCUUGGAGUAAUUAUUUUGAUCUUAUCCUAUGUUUCAAUCUGACUUUUUGGUUUCUUGCAAAAAAAAAAUUGUAUUGAGUUUUAUCUGGUUUCUUUUAUACUUCAAUGUGAAUGGAGCAUUUUAUGAUUGACACCAACGGAUUGGAUAACAGUUCGGACAUCGAGGUUGACGAGAUAAGGUAUGAGAACUUAAAUGAAAAAGACGUCAGUGAUGAAGAGAUUGAAGCAGAGGACUUGGAGUCGCGAAUGUGGAGAGACAAAAUCAAACUUAAAAGGAUCAAAGAAAGGCAGAAGCUCGCAGCCCAACGGGCUACAGAGAAGGAGAAGCCCAAACAGAUGACCGAUCAAGCAAGGCGGAAGAAAAUGUCUAGAGCCCAAGACGGGAUAUUGAAGUACAUGCUGAAGCUCAUGGAAGUGUGCAAAGCCCGUGGAUUUGUCUAUGGGAUAAUUCCGGAAAAGGGUAAGCCAGUAAGCGGUUCAUCGGAUAACAUUAGGGCUUGGUGGAAGGAGAAAGUUAAGUUUGACAAGAAUGGCCCCGCGGCUAUUACGAAAUAUGAAGUUGAGUGUCUUGCCAAAGUAAGGGCAGAUGGUGUAGAAAAGGGGACUUCCCAAAGUACUCUUCAAGAUUUGCAAGAUGCAACUCUGGGAUCACUUUUGUCUUCGUUGAUGCAACACUGCGAUCCACCUCAGAGGAAGUACCCGUUAGAAAAAGGGGUUCCCCCACCUUGGUGGCCCACUGGGAGCGAAGACUGGUUGACCAAAUUGGGCUUACCCAAAGGCCAGAGCCCUCCUUAUAAGAAGCCUCAUGAUUUGAAGAAGAUUUGGAAAGUUGGAGUUUUAACUGCUGUGAUAAGACACAUGUCGCCUGAUAUUGGGAAGAUCAGGAGUUUAGUACGGAAAUCGAAAUGCUUACAGGAUAAGAUGACUGGAAAGGAGAGUUUGAUUUGGUUGGGGGUAUUGAGCCGGGAGGAAUCCCUCGUCCAACAGCCAACCAGUGAUAAUGGGACAUCUGGUGUAACUGAGGUACCUUCUGGUGGCCCUGGCGAAAAGGAAAAACCAUCUGUUAGUAGUGACAGUGACUAUGACGUCGAUGGCAUGGUCCGCAUGGAUGAUUGUGUGGGCUCUGUUUCAUCUAAAGAUGAAGGUCGACUGCAGGAGCAACCAAGAAGAAAAAGACUACGCAUGGAAUCAAAUGCACCAAUUUCUAGUGAGCAUCUGAAUGAUGAACCGAGAAACACUCUUCCUGAUAUAAACCAAACUGAUGAACCUUGCGAUACAUCCAGAGGCGAACAUGAAAACAAUAUGAAUGAAACUAUGAGGCCUGUCUAUGAAGAUCUUCGGGGCCAAUACCAGUUACCAGCGUCUGAGUUUCAUAUUUUCUCCACUUUUCCUACUUCCAAAGUAAAUCCCACGGAGAACAUUGGUACAGGUGGCAGGCCCUUACUAUUUCCAGUGGUCCAAAGCUCAGAUUUGGCUAUUGGGACUCGAGAUUCUAGGGCUCACAGUGACAACCAAAAUACUGCGUUGCUUAGUGGACCUCAAAAUUCUGAGUUGCAUCGGCUGCCAGAAAAUCCUCAGCUUCAGCAAGAUACUUCUUACAGUUUUCAUAAUUCAUCACUGAGUUUUGGGCUUAGUGGUGAUGGACAGCAAACCCGGAUGGCAUUUGAUGAACCGUGGUUUAGGCCAGAGCAUGCUGUAGUUGAUGUAUCAGCUCUACAGAGAAAUGAAAAUUACAUUCCUGGAGAAGUUAUGCACCAGAUAGGGUCUCCAAUCAAUAGCCAGCCACUGGAUUAUGGAUUUAACAGUCCGUUUUCUCUUGAAAUAGACACUACAGUUUUCGAUGACUUUUUGCUUGAUGAGGACUUGAUAACACACUUUGGUGCAUAGAUAUGUCAGAUUUUAUACUUGAAAGGGACUGCAAAAAUGCAUUAUUUUGGCUAGGUUAAUAUUGGCUUAACUCUGUGUUGGAACUGUUGCCAGAACUGACGUUUUUCGUCCAUGCCUUAUAAACCUGUAAGUUAUGACAUAAUCCCUCAAUGUGCAGAAGUAAGGAAUAGGUUCAAGAUUUUAUGGGUUGAAAAAUUGACCCCACAUGUAAUAUUCAGGGCCCUUGAGUAGUUCCUGUAAAUAAUUCAUUUUCUUAGACUGGUGAAAACUGCGCAGGAGUGGCAUUUUGCCAAUUCAAUGGAUAAUGUUGAAGUUAAUAACAAGUUGACCUUGAUGUUUUUGUCUUGAAA